CCUGGCCCCGGCGGACCCGGACCCCGACCUGGACUCUCCCCGCCGCCGCGGACGCCGUCGAGACCAGGCUCCGAAUCCGAAGCGACGAUGCUGGCUCGCCCCCAAAACCUCUAGCGUCCAUUUUGUGGCGUUUCAUGAAGACAGCGGCGGACCACCGACAUGUUGGGGAUGUACGUGCCGGACAGAUUCUCCCUGCGCUCGUCCAAAGUCCAGGAUGGAAUCGGUCUGUUCACGGCGCGGCGGGUCAAAAAGAUUCCUAAAAAGAAGAAGAAGAAGAAGAAGAAGAAAAAAAAAGAUGGGCGAAAGAUGACGUGUGUGGUCCCCACGCCCCCCUGCCAGGAGUUGGGGAACUUGAAGGGAGAAAAAUUUGGCCCCUUCGCUGGGGAGAAGAAGCUGCCGUGCGAGCUGGACGAAAGCGCCGACACCAGACUCAUGUGGGAGGUUCGUGGCAGUAAGGGUGACGUCCUGUAUAUCCUGGACGCCAGCAAUCCGCGCUACGCCAACUGGCUGCGUUUUGUCCACCAGGCGCCCUCGCAAGAGCAGAAGAACCUGGCAGCCAUUCAGAGGGACUUUCAUCUCUUUUGGAACAUACCAAAAUCAAAGGAUGGCGAGAACAUCUUCUACUUGGCCGUGGACGACAUCGAGACGGACACGGAGCUCCUGAUCGGCUUCCUGGACAGCGACAUGGAAGAGGAGGAGGAGGAGGAGGAAGAGGAGGAGGUCAACAAAGAUGAGGAGGAGAGCAGCAAAGAGGCAAAGCACCUGGUCGAGAUGGAACUGGUGAUCAAGAAGGAGGACCACCCGUGCCUGCUUUGUGAGAGCAGCUUCCCCAGCGAGGAGAUCCUGGCCGCCCACCUGCAGAGUCUGCACCAGAGGCCCAGCACGGACGAGAAGGAGUUCAAGUGCAGGAACUGCGGCAAGAAGUUCCCCGUCAAGCAAGCGCUGCAGCGACACGUGUUGCACUGUUCGGAAACGGUGAGCCCUUCGGGGGACGCCAAAGCUCAUCACCAGUGUUCCGUGUGCCACAGCUCCUUCAGCUCAGAGUCCAGCUUCGAGCAGCACAAGGAGGCGUGCAAAGGCGACGCCCGUUUCAUCUGCAAGGAGGAGAGCUGCGGCAAAAGGUUCAAGAGCAAGGACGCACUGAAGAAACAUAAAGGGAACGUUCACACAGGGAGUGCGCGAAGGAAACUGACAUGCACCAUUUGCAACAGGAAGUGCUCGUCCUCUCUAAAUCUGCAAGAGCACAGAAAGAUACACGAAAUAUUCGACUGCCACGCAUGUGACAAGAAGUUCAUCUCCACCAAUCAGCUCAAACGACACAUGAUCACACACUCGGAGAAGCGUCCGUACACGUGCGAGAUCUGCAGCCGCUCGUUCAAGCGUCUCGACCAGGUGACGGCGCACAAGAUCAUCCACAGCGAGGACAAGCCGUACAAGUGCAAACUGUGCGGAAAGGAAUUUGCCCAUCGGAACGUCUACAAGAAUCACAAGAAGACCCACUCGGAGGAAAGACCUUUCCAGUGCGAUGAGUGCAAGGCCCUUUUCCGCACUCCUUUCUCUCUACAGCGCCACCUGCUCAUCCACAACAGUGAGCGGACGUUCAAGUGCGACCAGUGCAACGCCACCUUCAAGCGCAAGGACACGCUCAACGUGCACAUCCAGGUGGUGCACGACGGCCACAAGAAGUACAAGUGCGACCUGUGCGAGAAGGCCUUCGUCACGCCCUCCGUCCUCAAGAGCCACAAGAAGACGCACACGGGUGAGAAGGAGAAGAUCUGCCCGUACUGCGGACAAAAAUUCGCCAGCAACGGCACGCUGAGGGUCCACAUCCGCAGUCACACAGGUGAGCGUCCCUACCAGUGCCCCUACUGCGACAAAGCCUUCAGCAAGAACGACGGCCUGAAGAUGCACAUCCGCACGCACACUCGAUUCAGGUCAGCGCGAGUCACUCGCUUUCCUGCCGCCCGGAAGUUCCCCGGCGCCGACUGUUUACAAACAUUACGAAAAGGUCUACUUGACACCCCGCAGGCUCGAAGUCGCCGCUUCCUGUUUGCACGCCGCUUUACAAACGAGGACGCCGCGCCAGGAAGUGAGCUUUUAGUCCCUGAAAACAAACAAAGACUCCAGCUUUGCCUUUUCCGUGGGGUCAAAGGUGGCCUGGCCCAACAGCUGGCGCAGAGUGAAGGUCAGCAGGAGAAGCCGUACAAAUGCAGCGAGUGCAACAAGGCCUUCAGCCAGAAACGAGGCCUGGACGAGCACAUGAGGACGCACACGGGGGAGAAGCCUUUCCAGUGCGACGUGUGCGACCUUUCCUUCAGCCUGAAGAAGAUGCUGAGUCGCCACAAGCUGACGCACAACCCCAACCGGCCCAUGGCCGAGUGCCAGCUGUGCCACAAGAAGUUCACGCGCAACGACUACCUCAAAGUGCACAUGGAGAACGUCCACGGAGAGACGGACGGAUAGACGCGCGGGAGAACACGUCGCCACGCCCCCCAAAAAUGAUGUGUUAAAGUGUUUUCGUAGCGUGCAAAAGCACCUAUCUUGACUUGAAACAAUGACCGUAAAUUCCUGUACCAGCACCUUAAUCCAGAUCUUCACCCAAAUGUCCUACUAACGAUGCGUUCACGGUGGCGUGUUUUUUUUUUUUUUUUGUUGUUUUUUUUUUACAGCUUCCUGCGACUACUAUUUAGAAGUGGAAAAGUUACUGCGCCAAACCCGUGAACGUAAAUUCCCGCAUCAGCACCUUCCGCCACAUCCUCACCGAAAUGCCGUGCUGUCUUAACGAUGAUGCGUUCAACGCGGCAUGUUUUUCUCAGUGUCCUGCGAAAACCCAUGGACUUUUUCACAGUACUGUACGUGUGCAAAGUAGUGUUUUUCUUGUAGCUGCUUAUGUUUGGUACAACAUGUAAACAGAUGAUGCUUGUUAUUAUUGUUAUUUAUCUUUGGUGCUUGUUGCUUGUUGCUCUGCAGAACGACAUUUAUCUACUGGAUCGUGGACCAACCUCUGUUAAGCAUUUAAUGCCCCCCCCCCCAAAAAAAAAAAAAGGCUUACAAUGCUAAGUUCCUUUGCAUCAGGCUGUUGUGUGUACAGCAGACCCCCGCUGUUCGCAUGGAUAGGGAUCGGGGACAAUCCAUGUACAUUUCAUUGAAAAAAAUGUUUUUCCAAUAAUUAUUAUUUUUUUAACCCCCAAAAUUUGUGAAUAAGCGACAAGAAACCGGUACGGAAAAUCCGCAGAUGGGGAUUGAGGAUUUAUGUGGGGGGGGUCCACUGUUGACCUUUUGACCGUGACGUCACAUGUACAGCACUUCCGGGUGGGAGCUGGCCACGAGGAAACAAAAGUUUCACAAAACAAAAGUUGUUCCGCGAGCAAAAUCGCUUGGGAGGAGGCCGGAACGCCGGCCGGAACUUACGUAAUGACUUAAUGUUUUGAUGAAGUUUCCCCCCCCCCCCCCCUCGUUACAAAAGUACACAUCUGCGACCGACUGGCGACCAGGGAUGAGGCGUGUUGAAAACGGACUGAUGGAUAAAGCACACGUGACAUUGUCAUGUUGCACAGAUGAAUCCGAACAAAAAAAAGUGCUGAGUGCAAUAAAGGAGGAUUUCAACCAAUA